AUGGACUGUGGAACGAGACGCGCGCGUGUUUGGCAAAAUGUCGGAGAGAGCAACACCAAAGUGACACUUUUGUUGCAUUGCCCAGCCGCUCGUCGUCGCUUGCCUCUCGUUCACCAUCGUCGCAAUCAACAAGCAGUCAGCAUGGAGAACCCACAUGAGGAGAGGCAGUCGCUGCUGCUCGAACGUAUCACCAAGAACGUCCAUCGCCUCAACGAAGCGUUGCUCGAACUCGACAAAUCGGUCGUCGAGAUCAACAACCACAACCAGUCCAUCACGAUCGUUGCAGAGCUUUCCGAAGCCGUGAGUAUCUUGUUCAGUUGCCGUAGCACUUGGCACAAAGUAGCGCUGACACACCACCCUCUCUUCCCUUCCGAUCGGCAUUGCCAUGAUCAGUACCGACGAAACGCAGCAUUCAAUCUGUCCAACAUGGAGGCUGCUGACGACGACGCCGUGAGCAAGUCAUCGAUGGACUUGUAA